AUAUUUGCGGUUAUCGUUGAACCGAUUAUAUGUAUCAGUUAACAAGCAUUCAUGUGAUUGGUGUCAUUUUGAGCAUAUAAAUGAACGGUCGUCAAACUUUUCAUUUAUAACGUAUCCAUUUAAAGCUUCAUCGAAGGUAGAUAGAAACUAAUAUAAAAUUAUAUUUACACAAUGAAAGUUACCGCACUUAUUAUCGUAUGUUGUUCUCUGGGAGCCAAUGCAUGGAGUUUUUGGAGAAGCCCCUGGGUAAAGCCGCGUGAAGGGGUGACUGAUGAAUGCCUUCAGAUGGCAGCACGUGGGGACUGCGGGUUCUAUCAGUGUCUCGAAAGGAGAUUUCAGUGUGGGAGCGAUGGCUAUGCACUCAAGAUUGGCUCCCAUUUCUGUAACAAGAGUGACGAAAUACACAGUCGCUUCACAGCUCAAGGUCAACGAUACAUGGAAGGUUCUAAAGCAUGCAUCACAAAUGCCUUACUCCCAGUUUACAAACAAAAUUCAAUAAGAUGUGAUGACGUUAUGAGCGAAGGAGCCAGGGCAAUGCGCACGUGCAGUUAUGAGGAUUUCGCGGGAAUGGACGCGUGCACCUUUAUUCGAGGCAACAUGGACGCCUACAACGAUAUGCUGGGAACAGAAGAGAUUUCUAGACUUAUAAGCAUGGGUAGCCCCAGACUUUUGGCCAGAAUCUUCAUAGACGGGGCACGUUGUGGUGCCACGAUUGCUACGGAAAGGUUUCAGUCCGUCGCCGGAAGCUUAAACGAUUUUAUGGGUGGAGUCAGAGAUAGCAUUACAUCAUGGUGGUCAUAAACUUUUGUUUUCUAGAUGGAAAAUCUGAUGUUUUAUUUUACAAUGCUUAAUGAUGUGUAAUAUCCACUACUGAAAAAAACAACAGAAAACAAAACGUUCAUUUAGUUAUUGUGUUUGUUGAAUUCGUAAUUUAGUUUUUGAAAGUGCAAUAAUAUUUUCUUGUCGGA